GUCAUGGGCCCAGAUGUCAGCCCGAGGACAACAGAGCUGCUGAGAUGGCGCCACCAAUCGGGGAAGUUCCCGGAAAUGCCCAAGAGGGAGGCCUGACCUCCGUGUCAUUGACUGGCCCCAAGACGGAGGAGGAGGAAGUCGCCAAGAUGGCGUGUCUCAGAGGGGAUGUUGUUGAGGCCACCAGGGGGCAUGCAGUAUGGAUGACCGUGGCCAACAUGUUGACUCCCAAUAUGGACAUUCCCGGGAAGGGCCAAUGGGGACGUUCAGCCUCCGUCUCACCGACUGUCCCUAAGGUCGAAGAGGAGGAGGAGACUGCCAAGAUGGAGCCUCUCAACGGGGAUGUUGCUGUGAAGGCACGAGGGGGAUGUUCACCGUGGAUGACUAUGGCCAAGAUGAUGCCUCCAAACAUGGAUGUUCCUGGUGUGGGCCAGCCGGAACGUGUAGCCUCAGAUUCAUUGUCUGUCCCUAAGACAGAGGAGGAGGCCGAAGACACCAGGAUGCUGCCACCCAAAGGGUCUGUUUACACAAAGGCCCAAGAGGGACAGGCAACAUGGAUGACCAUGGCCAAGAUGGAGCCUCUCAACGGGGAUGUUGACGUGAAAGCCCGAGGGGAACCCUUGACCCUGAUGCCUUUCCCUAUCUCCAAGGCCGAGGAGGAUGAAGCCACCAAGCCGGUAACUCCCCCUGCUCCUGCUUGCCGGGAGCGCCCGUACCGCUGCGGCGAAUGCGGCAAAGCCUUCUCCCGCAGCUCGUCCUGCGUCAAGCACCAACGCACCCACACGGGCGAGCGCCCCUAUGGGUGCCCGGAUUGUGGCAAGUCCUUCGGCCAGAGCUCCACCCUCAACCGGCACCGCCAGGCCCACCUGGCCGACAGGCCGCACCGCUGCGCUGACUGCGGCAAGGCCUACGGGACCGCCUCGGCCCUGGCCCAGCACGGCAAGAGUCACCUGGCCGAGAAGCCCCACCGGUGCCCGCAGUGCGGCAAAGGGUUCAGCGAGCGGUCGAACCUGGCGAAGCACCAGCUGACCCACACAGGCGAGCGGCCCCACCGGUGCGCCCAAUGCGGCCGCGGCUUCAGCCAGAAGGCCAAUCUCCGGCGUCACCAGGAGACUCACCGUGGCGCUGAGCCGCACCGGUGCGCCGAUUGCGGGCGGGCCUUUCGCCACGGCCGGCGGCUGGCUCAGCACCGCCGGGCCUGCCACGCGCCUGGCGAGCCCCACUCCUGUGCCGACUGCGGCCAAACCUUCGCCGCCCGUUCCCAGCUGGCCCGGCACCGGCGCGGGCACACGGACGAGCGCCCCUACUGCUGCGGCGUCUGCGGCAAGGCCUACGGCGUCAGCUCCCACCUGCUG